CAUGAUGAAUAGCGGACACAGAAAGUGUUAGCAAACUUGGCAGUUGGUAGUAAGUAGUUACUGUAUGUGCCCGUUAUCCGCAGAACAGCAUUCAUUCGAUAUUCUUUACCAGAUGUCAUGGCUUCAUCUUAUGGACUUGUGACACAUAGCAGAAACUUAUAUUCAGUCUUAAGUCACCUUUAACCUUGGUAAGGCAGAGCAGAGACAACUGUAUGUAAGAAGAGACUACUGCUACACUCACACACACACACACACUCUCACACACACGCACACACACACACACAUACACAGGACCACGUCCAUCACAGCACAGCCAAUCAGGACCACAGAAAAUGUUCACGUUAAAAAUGAUGGCCACUCCCUCGUACCCGUCCUACAGCACCGGCCUGUUCACUGAUGUCUGGAACCCCAAGAAGAGUCCGGUCCGCCUUGUCGAGCCCACCUGGCCCGCGCCCCUCGACUACGACACGCAGUGCAUCACUCCCACACUCACCCUGGCAGGCCAGACCCUUACCUUCGCAGAUGGGCACUGGGCUGAGGAUACUGCAGCCUCCGACACAAACUCUAGAGCCACCCCUAGGGGGAGCUCUAACAAGAGGCCUGAGGCCAGCUCUGAGGUCCAACGCCUUAAGAAGAAGGUUUGUGACCUGGAGGAGGAGAAUAACGCCCUGAAGCUGCGUGUGGAGGUUCUGCUGGACAUGCUGACGGAGGCCAUGGCAGAGGUCUUUGUGCUCGAGUACACCCUCAAAGAUUUAGACGAGGCCCUAGAAAAGAGGGAGAAGAAAAGACAAGAAAUCUUCCAAUAAACCGGG